GUUAAAACACUCCUCUCCUCCCCGAGUCAGUUGCGAUUGUUUCAACACCUCUCUGCCUUCGAAAUCCGCAAAGCGAGGGCUCUCAAGAUAGAAACAGGAGUGUAUGACUAUAUCAUCAUCGGGGCAGGCAUCGGCGGCCUCGUCUUGGCGAAUAGAUUGAGCAAAGAUGCCUCCAUUAAGGUCUUGCUCAUUGAAGCAGGCGCCAAUCGCAUAGGGGAUCCGAGAGUCGACUCUCCUGAAUUUUUGGGAAUGCUAUACGGGGAUCCAGACUUUGAUGUGGAUUAUAUGAGUUGUUCCUCAGAUAUGGUCCAUGCAAACAAACGGCAAAUCGGCCAACUCUGCGGGCGUGUUGUGGCCGGUUCUUCCGCUAUGGAAUUCUCGUGCAUCGUCUAUCCUAAUGCCCCCAACUUUUGA